CUAAAGGAGAGAGAGUCCGGCUGGGUCACUGCUGGGGGGAGCUCAGCACAGCAGAGUCCCCCAGGUGCCCGUCCCGAGGACCCCGCGCAGCGCAGGGGGCGGCACCCAGACCCCGGCCCGUGAACGAUGCCCAGGGGACGAGCCUGGACCCAGCAAGAGAUCAGCUGCCUCCUGGCUCUCAUCAAGGGCUCCGGGGAGGUGACGCUCCUGAUGGCCUCCACGUCGCGGCCCAACGAGGCCCUGUGGCGGGAGAUCUCCCAGGGGCUGGCAGCCGCCGGCUACAGCCGCAACGUGGCGCAGUGCCGCUCCAAGUGGAAGGCGCUCAAGCAGGCCUUCUACUCGGAGUGGGAGACCUGCCGGCAGGCGGGCGGCCACUCGCCGCGCGUGCCCCCGCACUACAAGACCAUGAAAAAGAUCUGGAAGGCGGCAGGACGGCCCAUCUUCGGGGAGCGGCGCCUCCCAGACCUGGUGAAGUUACCUCCCGGGAAGCGGAGGCCACGGCUCGAGGCCCAGCCUCCAUCCUCACCAGGGCACGUCCUCCACCCGGAAAUCCCAGGCAGGCCACCGUCUGCACUGGGGCAGUGCACCAAGAGCGAGCCGGGGAGCCCAGCUCACAUGGCCGAGGCAUCCCAGGUGCAGAGAGCUCCCUCUCCUGUACCAAUUCUCAUUGCAGAUGCCGGGCCCCCGUUCACUCCCCUCCCCACCUUUGGUAAGUAUGCCACUGCCUGCUCCACAAUCCUCUGCUCACACCCCUGGCACCACCUCUUACACGCAGCCUCUGCGCUCCUUGCAGACUUCCACCCGGCCCUCGCUGCCUUCCCGCCCGUGAAGCAGGAGAGUGCGGAACGGGAGGCUGACUCUCCUGUGGCGUGCCAGGCGCCCGCAGGGCAGGGGGCAGGGGAGCGGGCGCUGCCCGUCACCGUCGGAGACCAGGGCUCAUCUGAGAAAACACCUGGCGGUGAGCACCCCGUGCUGGGUGACCGGGCCUCGGCUACAGACCUGCAAGGCCCCAGCGCGCUGAGCCUGCUGCAGAGCAUGCAGCAGCUCCUGGUGCAGAUCCUCCACACCUCGCAGCAGCAGCAGGUGCUGCUGGAGAGCCUGGCCAGCGACACUGUCUCCCACCUCCACCUCAUCUCCGACAACCUGGUGCAGGUGGGUGAGACCCUGCACGAGCUGCUGCUCCAGGCUCACGCCCGCUCCGCCGACCUGCCCACCUCGCUCAGCCACUACGCCAGCCACACGCCCCCCCUCCUGCCCAUGGUGCCCCGCUCGCCCUGUUCCCCCAACCCCCCUCCCAAUUCCCCCUACCGCAAAGAGGAGCCUGUGGUGUCAUCCGCCUCCCGAUUCCAGCCCCACCAGCUGGCCCCCCCGUGAGAGCCCCUGCAGAGACUCGGUGCACACAGCAGCUGGCUGUGGGGCUGCCUGCCCCCUUUGUAAACAUGUCCAGUGGUGGAGGAUUUUACAGAGCUUUCUAGCAAAGACCCCGAGAUAUUUUGGACUUUUUUAUUUUUUUUAAUAAAGGGUUUUUUUAAACUAGUAAAAAUAAUUAACACCCCCCGCCCCCAGCAUGC